UUCUACGCACCCACCUGUAGUAAAGAGAUAAAUGUUAUCACACUAGAGCCGAUGAUAUCAGUACCGUUAUCGCGUGUACCUGUUACUCAAAUCUCCAGUUCAGUCUCGUUGUGCGUAUUAAAGUAAUUAGCCGAUACAUCAUCCGCUCGACGAAAAUGCGAUUUCGGGCGUCGUGGAGAAAGCUCGAUUGCAUUUUCGCAUUAUCGAAAUGGAUCCUUUUUCUCGCAUUGUGUCUUCUCUCAUUAACACCACGUGGAAUUACCGCGCAAAAUAAGAAUGAAACGUUCGAAAGUGCAUUCGGAUUGAAUUCACGCGAAUCGAUCGAGAACGAAAAUACUGAAGAGAAUGUCAAUUUGCCGCCGCAAACGAAGGAGGCUUAUCUGGAACUCGAGGAUUUCAUCGAGCAGGAGAAGGAUCUAGCUCCUGUCGAGAAAAAAGACGACGUAAAGGAAAGUGCGGUGCAAAUUUUACCGGAGGUUGUUGAAAAUGCUUUCGCGGCAACGGGCGAGUCCGGGACGAAUUCAAUCACCGUUAAAAAAGCUCCUUCCGGUAAAAACGGAAAGUUUGAGAAAUAUGUAAGAUACGAUUCGAAUUUACCUGAGGCUUAUAGAUAUGCGCCUCGCCCGGACGACAAUCCACCCUUUUAUAAAAUAUCAAAUGAAAGAUUGAAAGAGAUUCGAUCUGAAUUCAUGUACUGGUACUUUGAUAAGGGUGGCAAUGAUGAUAAGGGUGAUUACCAAUCGGCUCUGCAGUCGACAAAUCUGCAGAUUCAUAAAAACUUGAAUUUCCAAUUGCCCUUCUUCGGCUUCAGAUUUAAUUAUACGAGAUUAACUGUUAAUGGAUACUUGGAGUUUAGCGAUCCACCGGAGCACCUUACGUAUCCUCUCGUCUUUCCGAUUAAAGACUGGCCUAAAAAGAAUGACCCUGCCUUUAUUGGCAUUUUCUUUAGUAAAUGUCGUAUAGGAAUGUUAAGAGACACCGAUCUCGAUCAAAGAAAACCGGGAGUAUACUUCAGGCUUGAGAGGGAUUUGCAAUCAAGAACUGAUCAGUUCGGAGUAGAGAUGCGCGAGCGUGUCAUGUGGGACAUCCGUGAAGGCGUUGUCGGUGCCGAUUCAUUCAUACCCAAGCACGCCCUUAUUGCAACCUGGAAAAAUAUGUCCUUCACGGGUGGUAUCGAUUCGUCCCUUCAAACGACUAACACGUUUCAGCUAGUUUUAGCUACAGACGAAGUCUUCACCUACGCAAUUUUUAACUAUCUCAACCUUAAAUGGACAAGUCACACUGAAGCAGGCGGUGAUACAACACUGGGCGAAAAUGGAGUCGCUGCUUAUGUGGGAUUUAAUGCUGGAAACGGUACUCAGAGUUACGAGUAUAAGCCUUACUCUCAGGCGACCACGAUCCGCGACUUAACGAGUAGGGGAUGGGCAAAUGGUUUCCCAGGACGGCAUAUAUUCAGGAUAGACGAGAAAAUAAUGCUGGGCACCUGCAAUAAAGACAUUGCUGGGGCUCACCUGCCGCUGGUUUUCGCACCGGAAUCCGGAAAUAUGUUGGGUGGCACCGUCGUUAACAUCACCGGACCGUGUUUCAACGAGAGUCAGAAGAUCAGGUGCCGUUUCGAGAAUGAAGUAGUGAUGGGCACGGUUGUAGACAGAAAUCGUGCGAUUUGCGUGCAGCCAUUCUUGAAGUUCGAGGGCUAUAUACGUUUCUAUAUCGCCAUUGAUAGUGGUACUUAUAAUUGGAAAGGAAAAUAUUUUGUCGAAACCCCAGCAACAGCGACAGAGAGAAUAUUCUUCACAUCCAAAGAGGACGUUCAUUUGAAAAACCCUGCGGAAAUAAAGAUCACAUGGAACGCGUAUAAUUUAACGACCAAUUUAGGAGCAGGAAUACAAAUCAGUUUAUGGGGAUAUAGGGAGACCAAAACGACACCUGAGUUUGAGUAUAUAACGGUCUUGGAGAAAUCGCAUACUAAUAUUGGCUAUUACGCCAUCCAACCAGCUAAAUAUCGAGACGCUUAUAACCCAUAUCACCAGGACAUGGUAUUUGGCUUCAUUCAAAUCAACUUGACCGAACCGCACUUGUAUUCCGGACUAUCGAUAACACCGAGUCUGUGGAGCAGACCGAUUCCGCUCGGUUGGUAUUUUGCUCCUCAAUGGGAACGGCAAUUCGGGCCGAAAUGGCCUCAAAAGAUUUGCGAUAAAUGGAUCAUGCACGAUCGAUAUCUCAAAAACUUCGCCUCCGAAGUAGCGAUCUGUCCCUGCACCCUGGAUCAUGCUCUGUACGACAAAGGUCGCUUCCUUCCGGAUUACACUUGCGACAAGGAUUCAAAUAUAGAUUGUUAUUUUAACCAGCGUGCGACUCAUUGCGUGAGGACAGGUGCGCCCAACAUGGAUGGUGCAGCGCAACAAUGUUGUUACGACAAAAACGGUUUCUUGAUGUUAACUUAUGAUCAGCAAUGGGGAUCGCGACCGCAUCGAUCUCACAAUUUGGGUUUCUUCCCGUGGAAUGAGGCUAACAAAGUCCCGACGCUCUCACACUGGUGGCACGACAUGGUGCCCAUGUACUUAUGUUGUCUCUGGCAGGAAGAGCAGGCUGUCGGUUGCGAGACGUUCCGAUUUGAGAGGAGACCGUCGCAGGAUUGCAUUGCCUAUCAAUCGCCAGGAGUAGCGACGGUGUUUGGCGAUCCUCACUUCGUCACGUUCGACGGUGUGGAGUACACCUUCAAUGGCAAAGGCGAGUUCGUUCUGUUACGAGUAAACGAUCUCAAAGAUAAACUCGAUGUUCAAGGUAGAUUCGAGCAAAUGCCGGACAACGUCAACGGUGAAGUGAUGGCGACGCAUCUUACUUCGGUAGCAGUGAGGGGUAAUAAUUCCGCUACCAUCGAAGUUCGAUUGAGACCGAAACAUGCGCAAUGGCGAUACCGACUCGAUGUUUUCGCGGAUGGGCAAAGGAUCUACUUCGAUAGACAAUCCUUAAAGUUUCAACAUUUCCCCGGAGUCGUCGUUUACACUCCAACGUAUCUUUUGGAUCAGAGCGAAGUCGUCAUUAUGCUCGACACCGGUGCUGGUGUAGAAGUCGUGGAGAGCGAGGGAUUCUUAACGACUCGAACAUAUCUACCGUGGACAUAUCUGAACAAAACCAGGGGAUUGUUCGGUAUUUGGAAUUUUGAUAGAAUAGACGAUUUGACGAAUCCGAAUGGAUAUCCAGUCGGAUACACUAGCGUAAAUGAUUCAAGGACUAUUCACGAAGAAUUCGCGAAGUAUUGGAUGUUAGAAGAUAAGGAGAACGAGCUACUGGGAGCGGCUUUAUUCCACAGGGAGUUCGGUAGAACGGCGAGCUUUUAUGCUAAUCGCACGUUUCAGCCGCAAUUUGGAAAGUAUCCGAUAGAAAUACUCCCGAUAAACAAGUCGUACAUCAAAGAUCGCGCGGAAGAACUGUGCCUCAAUUCGUAUCAGUGUCAGUACGAUUACGUUAUGACGUUAAAUCGAGAUUUAGCGUACUUCACCCGAACUUCCUACGACACCUUUACCCAAAUCCGAGCGUUGAACAAAGAUGAAAUUAUAUCCUGCGGUGUACUGGAAACACCACGAUUCGGACGUAAGAGCAAUUUCUUAUUUAUCCCGGGGACAAAAGUGAGUUUCGAGUGCAAUCAGGACUUUCAUUUGGUCGGUGAUAAACGUCGAGUGUGCCUACCGGAAGGACGAUGGAACACUCCAGAAUACGGAUACACAGAAUGUCUUCGUCACAUCGAGUACGCUCAGCGUACGGCGUGGACCGUAAUGGGCAUUAUUUGCGCCGUAUUAAUACCCGUGGUGGCCUGCAUCGCCGGCGGUUUUAUUUAUGUCAGAAGGAACCAAUCGCCGGGAGGUUCGAUGAAAUCUUGGCGUUAUUCCGAGCGCGAUUCUGGUAUCGACAAUGAAUCCACGCUGAAGCAGAACGCGCCGUUAAAGUCGUACGACGAUAGGGCUAUUACGCCAAUUAGCGACACUAGCACAAUUGAAACUAAUAGCGGCACUAGGAAACGCCGUAGUUACGACCGAGUAUACCGCACCCACGAACCCUUACCCAAUAGACCGGACAUUGACUUCGAGGAUAAAGAAUGGGAUCUGAAGGACCCGCUUUCGCCCGCGGGAUCAGAUUCGGGCACGGACUCGAUUAGAAAAACAGGCAGUCCUUCGAAAGAAAGCGACGUUUAGAUAUGAUAUUUCUCUCUUGUUAGUACAUAACAAUUGUGUAGUAGAGAUAAAUAGUCUGCUCAAGCGGAAUUGCUUUAUUUGCACCCAUUAUUUGGAGUCAGUGUGUGCGCGUGUGUACAUGACCAUGACAAUAUAUCUUGAUUCCGACUUUAAUCAAAUAACGCACAUCUUGCAUACACGUAAAAUUAAUAUUGAUCGUAAAAUAUCAAUUAGUUUGAUGCGCGAUUAAUUAUAGAGUCUAGCACAGAAACAGUAGCUGCUAAUAAGUUUCUGUUUUGACGAAAAUUUAGACUUUUCAGAUGAUAUUCCAAAUAUAACUCCAUUAUCAUUUUCGUGUUAUUUAGUGUCCGUUUUAGUGUAUUUUGUAUAAAUAAUAGAGAUACUAUAUACACGAUACUGUUCUUGCUGUGGAAUAGAAAUAGUUACAGUAUUAAUUGCAUUCAGAGUAUACAUAUUAUCUCACAUUAUCUCUAUAUGUAUAGAUAUAAUGAAAUAAUGAUAAUCUGUCAAUCGACAUAAUAAUAGAGCAAAUAUUACAUGGUUCUAAGCAACGGUUAAAUGCAAUAGCAACUAUUUAAUUGUAUAAUCGGUUUGUAUAAUUACACUGAUAGUAUUUAUGACAGUUUAAUUAUAUGAUAUACUUGUGUUCACGUAUUGUAAAAGAAUUAUAAUAAAAUUUUAUACAUCA